CUUUCGCGUUAUCGCCAGCUCAGCUCAGCCCGGCGCUGCCCCUCAGCCCCCGGGUAGGGGCGGCCGGGCGGAGGUUCCGCCGGCAGGCUCCGCACGGCGCAGGUGAGGCCGCGGCCGCCCCGGUGACAUCACCGGAAAGGCGGGUCACCCCCGGCCAAUGGGCCGCCCGACGGCCGCGGAGAAGCGCGGAGGACCCGGAAGGUUUCGCAGUGGGAGCGUUGCUGCCCCGCGGAGAGAGCCCGCUGCUGCCGCCGCCCGCCCCUGCGUGCCCCAUGGACUCGGUGGGAGUCGCUGCCGCCGCGCCCGACGCCGGGCCGGGCCCCGCCUGGCAGAGCAAGUGUCCGUGGGGAGCCCCUAGCACAACAUCAAUAUCAUGUUCUCUUGCUGAUGUAAUGAGUGAACAGCUGGCAAAAGAAUUGCAGCUGGAAGAAGAAAAUGCUGCUUUUCCUGAAGUGGUUGCUGCUGCUGAAGGACCAUUUAUUACAGGAGAAAAUAUUGACACUUCUAGUGAUCUAAUGCUAGCUCAGAUGCUGCAGAUGGAAUUUGACAAGGAAUACGAUGCGCAGCUUCGGCGUGAAGAGAAGAAGAUCAACGGAGAUAGCAAAGUCUCCAUAUCCUUUGAAAAUUAUCGGAAGGUGCAUCCCUAUGACAGUGACAGCUCAGAGGAUGAGGUUGAUUGGCAGGAUACCCGUCAUGAUCCAUACAGAGCAGAUAAACCUACUACUACACCAAGAAGGGGUUUCAUAGGAAAAGGAAAAGACAUUACUACAAAACAUGAUGAAGUGGUAUGUGGAAGAAAAAACACUGCUCGCAUGGAAAAUUUUGCACCUGAAUUCCAAGUUGGGGAUGGAAUUGGGAUGGACUUAAAGCUGUCAAACCAAGUCUUCAAUGCCUUAAAACAGCAUGCAUACUCUGAGGAACGUCGAAGUGCAAGGCUCCAUGAGAAGAAGGAGCACUCCACUGCUGAGAAAGCAGUGGAUCCUAAAACACGUUUACUUCUGUAUAAGAUGGUCAAUUCUGGGAUGCUGGAGACCAUCACAGGCUGCAUCAGCACGGGAAAAGAAUCUGUUGUUUUUCAUGCCUAUGGAGGAAAUGCAACUGAAGAUAAAGUUAUUCCUCCAGAAUGUGCCAUCAAAGUGUUUAAAACAACUCUUAAUGAAUUCAAGAACCGUGACAAAUACAUUAAGGAUGACUACAGGUUUAAAGACCGCUUCAGUAAAUUGAAUCCACGAAAAAUUAUUCGUAUGUGGGCUGAGAAAGAAAUGCAUAACUUAACAAGAAUGCAAAAUGCAGGAAUUCCUUGUCCUCAAGUGGUUAUCCUUAAGAAACACGUCUUGGUUAUGUCUUUCAUUGGCCAGGAUCAAGUCCCAGCUCCUAAACUAAAGGAUGUAACACUUAGUAGUGAAGAUAUGAAAAAGGCCUACUAUCAGAUUCUUAAUAUGAUGCAGCAGUUGUAUAGGGAGUGCAACCUGGUCCAUGCAGAUCUGAGUGAAUACAACAUGCUUUGGCAUGAUGGGAAGGUCUGGCUUAUUGAUGUCAGUCAGUCUGUGGAGCCAACCCAUCCUCAUGGACUUGAGUUUUUGUUCAGAGACUGCAGGAAUGUUUCACAGUUCUUCCAGAAAGGAGGCGUGGCAGAAGCACUUAAUGAGCGGGAACUCUUCAACGCUGUCUCAGGUUUAAAUAUUACAGCUGACAAUGAAGUAGACUUCCAAGCAGAGAUUGAAGCUUUGGAGAAGAUGAAUGAAGAUCACGUGCAGAAUCAUGGAAAGAAACUGUCAACGUUUUCUAGUGAGGGAGACCCACCUAUAUAUGAUGAAUAGCACUGAGUUUGUAGCUGCGGACGAAACAAAACACAAAUUUACUGCUUCUAACUACGUUGGUGCAGUGGUAAAUGUCAACUGCCAAUGUCAAGAGAGUGGGUGGCUGGGAAUACCAAAAUGGAAAACACAGCAAGCAUAUGGUGAUGCCUCAGUGGUUUGCUUUUUUUUUUAAUUUGUCCCACUCAUCAGGCCGGCACUGUAAGAAUGGACUGUCACUACCACUUUAAAACAGACUGACAACUUCACCAAUUGCCCAGUUACAUUAGACUAAUGUAGCUCAGAUGGUCAUAUUUUGCAUGAUUCAGAGCUUAGAUAUCUUUUAGUCUAAAAAAAAAUUUUAAAAAUCAUCAUAUUGUCCGAAGUAUCUAGUGGGAAAGCACACUAGAAGAGUCCCUCUCUUUUUUUUCCGAAUGCAACUUGGAAAACUAAUGAAACAUUUUUUAUGGGCACAGUGUUAUUCAUCCAUCUCCACAAAGGGCAAAAUGAAAAGGCAAACUAUGCACUGCGAUCAUAUGAAAAUAUUAAUUUAGCAAAGUAAUAUAUUUAUAAAUGCAGAAGUCUGGACUUUUUCAUUUGAAGUACAGGGAAUGUGGCUCUAAUUAUCUCUGUAAAUGCCAUUGGGUGUUAUAUGGGAAAUAUAUUUGAAAUCCAACCAGCAGAGGACUUCCUUGGUGACAUGCCAGGAAAUCCUGAGUCAAUGAUGUAUGUGUAAUAAAGAGUCAGUUUAGGUAGCUUCACUCUUAAUACACAAAUGGUUCCAAGAACUUGGUAUAAGCCACAAACAAAACUAUAAUAAUCCUGUCUAUACCUAGAAUAUCAGUUUGAAGCAUCAAAUGUUUUUACCCUAAAGAUAAUCACAGACAAAUCUGAGUAUUCUUUUUGCACCUGUAAGCAAAAAAAGCUUUGUUUAGAAAUAAUGAUGACUGAUACUGGUUUCCACAGUCUAUUUAUUCUUAAUGUCAGUCUUUUUUUUACUUUUUUUUUUUGGUGAGCAUCUUCUAAAAAUCUACUGAUGUUUGUCUCCAAAAAACACAUUUAAAGAUGAACUGAUGUGGUGGGAUAGUUUGGAAUUAAGGAAUUCUAAUCAACUUCUUUUUAACUGAUUUCUGGUUUCUAGUUUCUGAUGCUGCUCUUUAUCAAGCAGAAUCUAGUGAUGCUACAUGUGACCUCACAGUGUGCUGUGAAAGUGACUUUUUAAUCUCUUUUUGUUGGAAAACUGGUGGUGAAGUAAAAAUUUAAGAUCUUGUGGUGGUAUUCUUGCAUGGUUCUUUGCAUCAUGGAGGCCUUCAUAGAUCUUUGGUGCUUCGCUAGAGCAGUCUUAGGGUAGGACCAGACAAUAUAAAAAUUACUCUUUGGGUGGGUGCUACAGGAACAGUAAACAACCUUGGUUUUGCCAGUUUCAUACCAACACUUGGAUCCUCUUCCUUUUUCUAAAUCAGACAAGUAUCUUGCAUUUGCCCCUUACUUUUGAAAUAAAGGAGCUUGUAUCUUU